AUGCCCCGUCAUCAUCAUCUGCUCCGUCGGCAUCCCGCCCCUGACACCACAUCCCCCUCCGACAACGCCACCACCCACCACCACCCCCCGCAACCGCCCCCGGCUCCCCAACGCGCCAGCCGUUCGCGCCUCGGCCACCACGCGCAAUGGCAAACCCCUCCGUCGCAGGGCCUCUCCAUCCCUCAACUGCAUCCGUCCUCGGGACCCAUCGACCCCGAUCAUCCUCUUCAUAGCCACCCAGGCCAACAUGCCCACCACCCCGCCGCAACCGCCGCGCUGUUCUCGCUCUUCGGACGCGGCGUGCAUGGCCGACCAUCGAACCACCCAGGCGACCAGAUGAUGGACGAGGACGAUGAGGAGGAUGUCCUGGAAGAUGAUUACGACGAAGGACCUAGCGAACAUGUACAUGAACAGGACCACGAUCAACUCAAUCGUCUUCGUCAACGACAUCACCACCGUCGGCUUCACGCACGCUCUGUCUCCUCGGAUGAACUACUCUCCACGCAGGAUAUACAUGAUCGUGACGAGCCCUCAGAGAUCGAAGAGGUCGAACAAGAGCCAGAACACGAUCACGACGAAGAGGAAGAAAUUGACGAAGAGGAGGUAGAACCUGAACCGGGUACCGACUCGGAGAUGCUUCACGACCGCGAAAAGUCCCCCACCCCCCUCCCCCCCAAUCUCCGCGAAAUCUCCUCCCUCGCCAGCUGGACCGUCUCAACCCACAAACCCGGCUGCGGGGUCUCUGCUCUCCGCCACCCCUCCCCCUCACAAUACUGGCAAUCUGACGGCCCGCAACCCCACACUCUCACCCUCCAUUUCUUCAAACUAGUCGCAAUCGUGCGCAUCCGUGUGUAUCUGGAUUUCGAGAUGGAUGAGAGUUAUACCCCGACCAAGAUGACCUUUUUGGCUGGGAUGGGAGGGAAUGAUCUGGUGGAGUUUGCCAAUUGGGAGGGCGAGGGGCCAUGUGGUUGGGUUGAUGUGGAGUUGGAGGGCGUGGGGGGUAGAAGUGGGGGGUGGGUUAGGACUGGGAAGAGUGGUGGUGCUGCUACUGGUGGUGGGAGGAAGGCUGGGGCUGGAGUUGGAGGGAAGAUGAAACCCAAGGGGAUAAUGAAGAGGAGCCACAUUCUCGAGGACCAUGAUGGGGACAGUGAUGACGACGAGGACGACGACGAAGAGAACGACCCCUACGCAGGCAACGUCCUCAAAGCAAUGGUCAUCCAGAUGCGCGUGAUCGAGAACCACCAGAACGGCAAAGAUACGCACGUGCGUGGAUUUCAGGUCUUUGCUAGAGACGACGAGAGAAAGAGAGUGGGCAAUGCUCCCUCGGCGUCAGCGGAUGGCCGCGUCCGGAGACACAGUGCGCGACGGUCGUUGAGAGGCAGUACGCAGGAGGAGAUGGAGGGUCCUGAGGCGCGCGCCAAAGUGGUGACUAGUCUCGAGGAGCCGGAUUGGAUGGGCGAGCCUGUUAUUCGGUAGGCGGUUUCUUCGACUGUAUGUGCAUGUCCGGGGUUGGGAUGGAUCGCAUUACGGAGUUCAGUUCGGUUCGGUAGAUACCCUUUUAUUAUUGUAUUAAUGAUACACGAUGGUCUUGCACCAAGGCACGAUCUGAUUAUAGGCAGCCACCUGUAUGCUGUUUGCGG